UUUAUUUUGAGAGGCUAGCUUUGCUCUGCCGAAAUUUUGAAAAAAUAUAAUACUGAGAAAUUCUAGAUCCACGUGACGUCUCCCUUUUUCGAGAUAUCUCCCUGCUUUUUAACUGCCAGUGUCAGCAGCCAACCGGACGUCGUUACCGAAUUGCUACUGAUCGUCCUCCGGCCGUCGCCGACCACCUAGCCGCCGUUUUUGCACACAUAUUGCCUCUUUUUGCAACCUCAAGAUGUCAAAUGGAACUGUGAGAAAGGUCUCACGUGAUGAUUUACAAAUGAGAAAAUUUUCCUGCAACAAUGGGGGGAAUGAAGCAGAGAAUGUUGUGUCAUGAGUAGAUUGUUCCAUUGACAUGUGACAUGUGCAAAAUCUUAUUGAACGCUGUCUUCAAUUAUAUAUGAACCAGAAGGAAGUGGUGGAAACUCUCUUGGCUCAGGCAAAGAUUGAGCCUGGCUUUACAGAACUUGUUUGGCAAAAGCUUGAAGAAGAGAAUCAGGAAUUCUUCAGGGCUUAUUAUUUAAGACUGAUGGUCAAGCACCAAAUUAUUGAAUUCAAUACACUGCUUGAGCAACAGCUGCAUUUAAUGAGUCAAAUUCACCCACAGGGAGUUGCUCCAUUUCCUAAUUCUAAUGGGUCGCAUGUCCCACCACUGUCCCAGAAUUUAGCAGGCUAUCCAAUAGAGCACUCUGUACCAGCCAUAAAGAUGGAAAACAUGCACCAUCCAAUAGGCUCUGUUGUACCUAACGCAUUUAUUGAUGGAAGGUCAUCAUUACGCACAGGUUUACCGUCUGCUGUUGGAGUGUCUUCCCAGGUGAGCAGUGUUGAUAACACAACAAAUUUGCUUUCAGCUAAGGGCAGAGAUCAGAUUGAAGGGAUGAAUGGGGGAAUGGUCAAAUCAGAAGUGGAAUAUUCAGGAAGCUCCCUGUACAUGUUUGGUGCUGAUGGCAGUGUCCUGGAAGCCCGUCCAUCAAUUGCAGAUGCAGCUGUUGCAUCUUUCAGCAGUGUAGAGUCCACCUCUCAGGGGCUGAAUGAACCACUUCUUGGUGCAGAUACCUCUUCAUUUGGAUUUUUGGGUCAGAUUCCUCGAAAUUUCAGUUUAUCAGAUUUGACAGCCGACUUUUCUCAUAGUUCAGAUCUACUGGAGAGCUAUUCUACGUCACCAUUCCUAGGUACAGAUACUGAAAAUUUCCUUAAUUCUUGUGAAAGAGAGAGUCAAGAUACAGUAUCUAAAUUGGGGUCUUGGCCUACAGGAGAAAAUGAAAAGUUGGACAUCAAAUCUGAAGGCUUAGGUCAUGGCGAUUUUGGAAGUGAAUAGUCUCUAGAAAUUGGUCUAACUGGCACAUACAUCUAAGACAAAUGGGUCUGUAUAUAAUAUCUAAUAGCUGCAGAAGAUGAAGAUGGAGGUGAAAUUUUUGAAGAUAUGAGUUUAUUUGGUUUGUUAAGAGUUCACUGAUUUUGUAGAUUGUUGAAUUGACAAAGGUUGUUGAUAAAAAGUAGGAAUGUUAAAUAUCAUAAUAUUUGUUUGCCUUUUACUUUAUUAAAUUAAAAUUAUUGGUAAUAUUUGUCACAUUCAACCUUCUGUUGGAAGUUUAUGUCACUUAAUAUUUUACA